AUGCCACAUUCCGAACCGCGGAGGACCAACGUUGAUGAUGAGAUUGAAUUCCAGUCAGUGCGUUGUGCAAUUUGCUCCAUGAAUCUGGAUGCUCUAUCGAUUUCCCAUCGCCAACUUCAUUACGACAAGCACCUCAAUGAUCUAGACAAACAGGUCGAAGGUUCAAGUUCGAUGCCAAUCGAUGUAGAUUCAAUGUCCCAGUCUCGAAAACAAUAUCAUAAUCGAAAAGCUAUCUCAGGUCCUGUCAAGGGAAAGAAAAAACCAAGCGGGCCAUUUCCUUGCAUGAAAGAGUCGGAUGAUUUCUGGUAUGCUGCGCAGGCUAACCCUCCUCCUCCUAGUUUCACGCCUGGUAUCAUACCACUCCUGCGGAAGGCUUUAGUCAAAAGCCAUGCACGAGGGCAAACUCGAAAGGCCGUGCUUUGUUACGAAAACGCCGUCCACUGUAACAGAGAACCCUGGGAUGCCAAUUGGGGCUGCGGUUAUCGCAACUUUCUCAUGGCUUGCGCGAGCCUCAUGAAUCAAACCCAACAACCGUUGUAUUUUCCUCUUUUGGACUUUCCUCUGUCUCCGAGUAUACGGAAUCUACAGACCUGGAUUGAAGCUGCCUGGAGUGAAGGAUUCGACAAUGAAGGGAGAACAGAAUUGAAGAAAUUGGUGGGGACAAAAAAAUGGAUUGGAACUGCUGAUCUAUGGGUUGCUUUCGUCUCCCGAGGAAUACCCGCCGAGUUGGUUGAUUUCGAUUUAUCCUCAAAAUCAAAGGAAUCAGUCUCUGAUCUAGUCGUGAAUUGGGUAAUCAACUAUUUCAGCCUAAAUCAAUUGAAUCCCAAGCCAUCCAAUGCAUAUGAAUCCCUCGGGAUAUCCACAAUCGCUACCAGUGACAAAAUGCCUAUCAUAUUACAACAUGAUGGACAUUCAAGAACAGUGGUCGGCUACGAAACGGAUAAGAAUGGAGUAACGAGCCUUUUAGUAUUUGACCCGUCAUACAAGCCAUCAUCGAAUGUACGCGAAGCAGCGCUGGCAGAAUUUUCUCGCAUGUGUAAUUCUGCCAUCGGACAGAGCCCCACAACGCUGAAGCGAAAGUAUUCUGAAAUUCAAAACGACCAAGAUCUCGGCGUCGAGGAAAGUGGUCAAACGGGAACGUUGAAUCCUAAGACACCUUUCUCGCCGAUUAAAAACGGACUCUUUAAGACUGGUUCAAGUGCCAAUGUUGAAGGAGGGCUGGAUCUAGUUGCCAUGCUUAAAAAAUUCCGGCUGGAGCCAAAAAGACUACAAAAGAAGAAACUUUACCAGAUUCUUUACUUUCCGAUGACAGCGCCAUUGACAGACUACGAAAAAUCGCAAUUAAAGCAGGUCAGAAGCACGAAAAUAUAA